AUGGAUGUCCCCGAGCCCGAUCAGUCGCCUUUCACUGCCAUGACAGCGCACACUUCUAAAUUGACACGGCAAUAUCAAUCAUACCUCGACGCCUCAACGCCCUACACUACCUACCGCUGGGUUGGCAGUGGUGUCCUGCUCUUCGUCUUCUUCCUGCGCAUCGUCUUUGCGCAAGGAUGGUAUAUCGUUGCCUACACUCUCGGCAUUUACCUCCUCAACCUUUUCCUCGCUUUCUUGACACCCAAGUUCGACCCCUCUCUCACCCAGGAUGAGGGUCUGGAGGACGGCGACGUCGGUGCUUCCCCCAGCCUUCCCACCAAGCAGGAUGACGAGUUCCGGCCCUUCAUCCGCCGUCUGCCCGAGUUCAAAUUCUGGCACGCGGCCACGCGCGCCAUCGCCAUUGGCUUCGUGUGCAGUUGGUUCUCGAUCUUCGACAUCCCCGUCUUCUGGCCCGUCCUUGUGGUCUACUGGUUCAUCCUGUUUGUCCUGACCAUGCGCCGCCAAAUCCAGCACAUGAUCAAGUACCGCUACGUGCCCUUCUCCUUCGGCAAGACCCGCUAUGGCCGCUCAUGA